GUGGCUGCAUAUGAUAUGGAUGGUACUUUAAUAAAACCUAAAUCUGGCUUGGUAUUUCCAAAGGACUGUAACGAUUGGCAGUUACUAUAUCCAGAUGUACCUGGUAAAUUGAAGCAGCUUCAUACGAAUGGAUAUAAAAUAGUGAUCUUCACAAAUCAGGCAGGUCUUAGCACCGGCAAAGUCAAGAUCAACGAUUUCAAGCGCAAGAUUGAGAAAGUUGUACAGAAAAUCGGCGUCCCCAUUCAAGUUUUUAUCGCUGUUGGAAAGAGCAUUUAUAGAAAGCCAACAAUUGGUAUGUGGGAAUUACUGGAAAAAGAGAAGAAUGGAGGCGUCACAAUUGACAAGGCUAGUUCGUUCUACAUUGGUGACGCCGCUGGUCGGCCAAAGAAUUGGGCUCCAGGAAAAAAGAAAGAUCACUCAAGUGCGGAUCGAUUAAUGGCAUUGAACUUGGGCAUUAAAUUUGAGACGCCUGAAGAACACUUUUUGAAACACAAAACGCCGCCUUACGAGUUACCUAAGUUCAACCCGAAGAGUCUGUCGCAGACCGACGACAUAUGUAAACCUGUGGACGCAGAAUUAACGCUGAAGCAACAAGAGGUGGUACUUAUGGUCGGCAGCCCAGGCUCCGGAAAAUCGCAUUUUGCAAAGAAUUAUCUGAAGGAAUACGGAUAUGUCAACAGAGACACUUUAGGCAGCUGGCAGAAGUGCAUUGCCGCAGUCCAACAAUACUUAAAUCAAGGAAAAAGUAUAGUUUUAGACAAUACCAAUCCCGAUCCAGCUUCGAGAAAGAGAUACAUUGAGAUAGCCAAGAAGCGUAAUGUCUCGGUCAGAUGUUUCGUCAUGACGACAAGUAUAGAACACGCGAAACAUAAUAAUAAGUUUCGCGAGUUGACUGAUCCAAGCCACAUUCCAAUCAACGAGAUUAUUAUCAACUCCUACGUGUAA